ACAGAGAAGGAAAAGUUAGAAAAUGAACUCAAAGAGAUAAACAGGAGCAAUAAGCAGCUGCAGGAAGAAAAGAAAAACCUGAGCAGUGAACUUCAAACUCUGAAGAUGAAAUCAAACCACUGUGCUCGGGGUUGGAAGUUCUUCAGUGGGAAGUGUUACUACUUCUCUACUGAUGAGGAGACCUGGACUGCCAGUCGGGAUGCUUGUGUUGCUGUGGGAGGACAUUUGGUGAUUGUCACCAGUACAGAAGAGCAGGAUUUCUUAAAAAGAUCAAAGCCUGGUUCUGGUGCGGAAUCCUACUGGAUUGGUCGGACUGAUGCUAUGGUGGAGGGAGAAUGGCGCUCGUUAGAUGGCACAAAACUCAGUCAGACAUCGAGGUUCAGGGCUGGAAAUGAGCCUGAUGACUGGAAAGGAGCUCAAAAUGCUCACCCUGAAGGAGAAGACUGUGCUGUAAUGGAGCUCAGCUCUGCCAGUUAUGGUUUACAGGAUGUAUUCUGUAAUGAAGAUAACAGGAAACACAAGCGUGUCUGUGAGGCCAAAGCAGGAAUGUAAAACAUAGAGAUAGUAGAGAUGUUAAUUAUGGCAAUAACAUAAGAUGUAGGGAAUUGAAAUCUCAGGAUGAAUUUUCUUUGUAUUCGUUUGUGUCCCGCUUAUAUAUUUAUUUGUUUGUUUAAGUAUUCAGGCAUUGCUUCAUGUUCAUAUCUCUGUGUUGAUACAAACCAUAUGGUCAUCAAUGAGUUUAAAAUUGUUGAUGAUGCAAGAUGGCAUCUUUAGCUCAUUAGCAGUUUCAGUCUCAUAUGAUGAGCAGGAUGCUUUAAGAAGCACUGUGUAGUACUGAAAUGCAUUAGAUUGCUACUUUAACAAUUUAUCUUAUUGAUGUAAAUGUGGAGAUUAGAGCACUGUAAAGUGAAAUGUUGAUUUGUUCAUUAGUUCUAGAGUUUGUUUGUAUUUCUCACAGCUUUGAGACAAAGUGGGGAGUUAUUCAAGGUAAAGCUUCAUCCAGAGUGAUUUUGGAAAGUGUAUUUGAUAAAAUCACCAUUAUAUAAUUCAGGUAUCAUACAGGUGUGUGAUGUUCCUUUUUUAAACUCAUAAUUAUUACAGUUGUAAAUAAUAAACAUCAAAAUCUGCAGAGAGUGUUGUGCAACACAUAAAUUUUAUUUUACCAGCCCAUAGUCAUGAAAUAUUCUGAUAGAUUAAAUUCAGAUGGAUAAACCCUUUUAUAAUUGAAACAGCACUGUACGUGUUUACUACUUGUGUGUAUGUCCCUGUAAGUCACUGCACUGGUAAGUAAUGUACUGUAUUCAGGAAUGUUAUUGUAAGUGCAGCACUAUAGAUGUCACUGUUACAUUAUUUUACUGCUGAGUUUUUUGUUUGUUUGUUUGUUUUGUUUUUUUAAACAAUUGUAUUUUCAGAGCA